AGGGCCUAAACCACUAAUCCUGACAAAACGCAAAACGACAACGUUUAGUACUGGGCGGGAAAUAUCCUAUGGUGCAUUAAUUGCAAUUGCUACGGCGAAGAUUAUAUGAAAUUGUAUAGCCGAUCUGCGUCUCAGACUCUCAGUCCCUCACCUCACCGGAGUCAUCGUCGUCCCUCGCCAUACCGCCCUCACGCGAAAGCUUCAAACAGUGCAAAUCAUCGGAUUGUGAAGACAGACCUCCCGUUACUGUGACGAAGACAGACCUCUUUGACUUCGACUGCUGCACUUUCAAUGGCACUCUUCGACGAACAGAGGGUUCUCACCAAGGCUUUGUCAGGGUUUGGCAUAGAUGAGAAACCAUUGGUAUCAGUAUUGGGAAAAUGGAAUGCAGAGCAGAGGAAAGCAUACAGGAAAAGUGUCGUUCCAGAGAUGUUUAUCGACGAUGAACGCCAAUUUGAGAAGUGGAAUGGUCUUCAUCUGCUCCAUCUUCGUCAAGAAUUCUUACGCUUCAUGGAUGCAGUGGUGCUAUAUGCAAUGCAUCCCUGGGAAAGAGAUGCUCGUUUGUUGAAUGAGGCAUUGGUGAAUGGGAAUGGGCCACUGCACGAUGUCAUCAUAGAAACUGCGUGCACAAGGUCUUCCAAUGAGCUCUUGGGAGCCAAAAGAGCCUAUCAUUCUCUGUUUGAACACUCCAUAGAAGAUGACAUUGCCUCCUACAUUCCAAACCCUGAAAGAAAGCUUUUCUUUGCAUUGGUUAGUCCAUAUCGGUAUGAAGGUCCAAUAGUUGAUCAAGACAUUGCACAGUCUGAUGCCCUGAUGUUUGAAAGGGCCAUAAGGUGUAGUAGGAACAAUAUUCUUCAGGACGAAGAUGUUUUGAGAGUACUAACCACAAGUAGCAAGAUGCAUUUCAAGGCAAUAUACGAGCAUUACAGACUCAUUCGGGGCAAGGAUUUGGAUAAGGACCUUGAAGCCGAAUUUGCUUUAAAAUGUGCAGUCCAGUGCCUUUGCACACCUCACGCAUAUUUCAGUGAGGUUUUGGGCUCUUCAUUAAGAGCGGAGGUAAAUGACACUGCUGUGAGUCGAGUCAUUGUCACGCGAGCCGAAGCGGACAUGAAGCAAAUCAGACAAGAGUACCUUCGAAAGUAUCGGUUCAAUUUACCAAACAGGAUCGAAGAGCUCGCCAAUGGCAGCUAUAAAGAUUUUUUGCUUACUCUAGUUGCAAAAUCAGAUUAUUAACUGAGCAUGUAUUCUGUUGUUGAAACUUGCCACAAGUAAACGAGUUUGAUACUUUGAGAUUGCAUUUUUGUAAAUUUGAGCUGUGCAGUGUGCAUGCAAUGAAUAGAUCAAUUUGAAAACCCUAACCCUAAUGUUGAUCCCAUGUUGCAUAAGCUGAAAGAGGAUCUGAUGAGACUGCUGGAUGAGUUUACUGAUAUGCCCGUGGAGGGCUUUGGAGCUGCUCUGCUCAAGGGUUAUGGUUGGAGUGAAGGCAGAGGCAUAGGCUGCAAUGCAAAAGAGGAUGUGAAAGUGAGAAAGUAUAAAAGAUGGUCUGCAAAGGAAGGGAUUGGAUUUACUGCUGAAUUACCAAAUGAUACUAAAGUGCAUAAGGUUGAUGGUGGAGAAAAGAGUGAUAAGAAAAUGAAUGCCAAUGGAAAGGAGGAAAGAGGGGAAAAGGAAGGGAAAGGAUUGUAUGUGGGCAAGAACAUAAGGAUAGUUGGAGGUAGGGAAAUUGGAAUGAAAGGAAAGGUUGUGGAGGUGAAGAGCGGUGGGAAUAUGAUCAUUAGGCUUUCCAGUGAUGACAGGGAGGUAAUUGUCCAAGCAUCUGAUGUUGCAGAGUUGGAUUUUGUAGAAGAGGAGAAGUGUAUGAGGGAGUUGAAGAUUAAAGACAGCAAUAAAGAUUCAUCUAGUGUUAGACACCGUAGAGAAAGUAGAGAUGAAGUAUCGAGGGAUAGGGAAAUUAGGGAGGAAAGAUCAAGGGACAGG